AAGCAAUUGAUUGAUUGCCUGAAGACUAAUCACCUGAAGGAGAGACCGGAACUGUUUGUGAGCGGAGACACCGUUAGGCCCGGGAUUCUGGUGCUCAUCAACGAAGUGGAUUGGGAUCUGUUGGGACGACACCACUAUGUCCUCCAACCCAAUGAUCGCGUGCUCUUCAUAUCGACUCUUCACGGCGGAUGA